AUGGAGACCCUACUAUCGCAUUCGUUUGAUUACCUGUCCUCGACCUCGCCUCAGAAAAUCCGCAAGGGACUCCGCCAGGUGGAAGGGUUGCUCGCACAACUGUGUCUCUCCAAGACCAGCCAUGCCGCCAACAAGCGACAGUCGAUGCUGCUGCUUGGAUCGACGACACCCUCGCCACAGUCGAAGAAGCUCUCCGAUCUACCCUCGGAUCCAGCGUUUCGCGAAUUCUUCAAACUUCAGCAGAGUUUUCAGUGGAAUAUUGCUAUGAGGCUAGUGUCUUGCCUGGAGCGAUUGCUGGGAAAAGAAAGCAAUGGGACGAAUGAUAUGUUAAUCAUCCAAACCCUGGACCUGAUCCAGGGGGUGUUGCUGCUGCAUCCGCCCUCGCGGGCACUUUUUUCGCAGGAAAUAUACAUGAACCUUUUUCUUGACCUGCUGGACCCGUCGAACUGUCCCGCUAUUCAAUCCUCGACGAUCAUGGCGCUCGUGACCUCUCUGCUCGACCAGCCACAAAACACUCGUACUUUCGAAUCCAUCGACGGGCUACUAGUAAUCACGUCCCUUUUCAAGUCCAGAAGCACAUCCCGCGAAGUGAAGUUGAAACUCGUCGAGUUCCUGUACUUCUACCUCAUGCCCGAGACAAAUACUCCAAAGAUCUUGAGCUCGACGUCUGCAACGAACACGGCUAUUCUCGGCGGGCGGGGAAAGGAAGUCAUUGCAGCAUUCGAUCGGAGAAGAGAAACGGUGAAUGGACCAGAAGGCGGCAGCAGCGGAGGCAAGGGCGCGAAGAUGGACAAUCACACCAGAACCACGGAGGAGAAGCAGAAUCUGCUAGGAAAGCAUUUGAGCAAUGUGCAAGAUCUGGUUGAGGAUCUGAAGGAAGGAGGCGGCGUCUUUGGUGUAGGUGGCGUCUAG